AUGGUUAUGUUCAAGUAUCAUAGCAACAUAUGCAAAGUGUUGGAACUAAAGGUGCCCUCAGAAGUAGUUUUAGAACUCUUCCUUUACAUAACCACAUAUUUGUCCUGGAAUAUAAUAAACCAAUUCGGCCUCGAGUUCUACAAAGAGGGGGGAUAUACCCCGGAGCAACCAAGGAACAGCUCCUGGAUUACUAUUGGAGAUUUGUGGGACAAACCGGGGGAGGUUAGGUUCACGUAUGCUUUGAUGAGGGGAGUGAAUAUGUUAAGAAGGAACUCAAACUUACAUCUUCUUAAGCGUGACGGAGAUUUCGAAAUUUUUACCACACUUUCCUACAUCAUUGCUGAAUUCAUAAAACUCCACUGCUCCUUCAAGUACAUGAUACUCUUUUUCGGCACCCAAUCGUCGAAAGCGAAAUAUUACAUGAUGUCUUACCAGAUACAGACUUAUAUGAACCAGAGACGAUUCCCCUCGUGGAUUAAGACGAAAGUUCUCAAGUUUUAUGCGCUUCGGUUCAGAUCGAACUUCUUUGUAGAGUCAACCAUGCUAAAGUUCGUCACCGGCCAACUACGCGAAGACAUAAUAAUGCACACUGGGCGCCACAUGGUGCGAGAGGUGACUUUCCUCAAACAGCUGCCGUGGCGAUUGCUCAUCGAGAUCUCUCUCAAGUUCCAGCUAGCUAUAUUUACAGAGGGGGAUAUUAUUUACCAAAUUAAUUCCAUGGGCAAAGUUAUGUAUUUCAUCAACAAGGGCACUGUUGCACUCUACACAUCGUCUGGCUUCGAGCUCGAACACCUAGAAGACGGCGACCAUUUCGGCGAAAUAGCACUCCUAUCGGAACACAAGCGGCGAUAUGAUACCGCCGUGGCCGUUACCAACUGUGAACUGUUUAGUUUAUCGCGCGAAUACGUAGAGAUAAUUGAACGAUAUAGAAUAGCGUAUGAUGAACUUAAGAAACUUGGUGUUUAUAGGAGACGGUGGGCUCUAGUGGUGGAUGAGCAGUAUAAAGCGCAAUUGAGAGAGCAGAGAAACGACAAAUAUAAUCGUUAUUCUAAUGUAUAG